UUGGUGGCGGAGGGGCGAGCGGCGAAAGGCGGCAGCGGGCAAAUCCCCGGCGCACGGCGGCAGCGCGCGUUUGUUUCAUGAUGGAAACAGUGGUGAAGUCUCACUGUGAGGAACAGUACCCUCAUCAGGCUGAAGACUUCCAUGGGAAGCAUGAGCAGAACAGCAAGCUUUCAGCAGGAAUAAAAAGAGAUAUUGAAAACCUUUAUGAAGCAGUGCCACAGCUUGUAAAUGUGUUCAAAAUUAAGGAAAAAAUUGGAGAAGGUACCUUUAGUUCUGUUUACUUGGCCACAGCACAACUACAAACAGGACGCGAGGAAAAAAUGGCUCUGAAACACUUGAUUCCAACCAGCCACCCUCUGCGAAUUGCUGCUGAACUUCAGUGCCUCACAGUAGCAGGGGGACAAGAUAACGUUAUGGGAGUUAAAUAUUGCUUUAGGAAGAAUGAUCAUGUGGUUAUUGUUAUGCCAUAUCUGGAACAUGAAUCCUUCUUGGACAUUUUGAAUUCUCUUUCCUUUGAAGAAGUGAGGGAAUACAUGUUUAAUCUGUUUAAAGCGUUGAGGCGCAUUCAUCACUUCGGUAUUGUUCACCGUGACGUCAAGCCCAGUAACUUCCUCUACAACAGGCGGCUGAAAGAGUACGCCUUGGUAGAUUUUGGCUUGGCACAAGGAACCCCUGAUACGAAAAUUGAACUUCUCAAAACAACCCACUCUGAAGACCAGCAGGGAAGUUGUUCGCAAACUAAGCCCACCAUAGCCUUGGGAAACGGGGUUUCUGUCGGUGUCACAGCACUUAAACAGAUAGCUCAACAGUCAGCCUCAAAAGCAGCUGAUAAAAGGUCCAGCUCAAUUUCAAAAAUACAGAUUAAACAAGGAAGAGGAGGAAAGGAGGAUUCUGCGCACCAUUCUGUCCAGCGCUCUGUCUUUGGAGAGAGGAAUUUCAAUGUCUAUAGUUCCACAUACCAGGAGAACACGAACACAAAACUCAUAAAACAGGCAAAGAUGAUAGAUGUUUCAUCUAGGAAGUUAGUAACAAAGAAGAAGAUCACUUCUACCAAAACAGCAAGCAAUGGGGCAGCCAGGAAAGCUGCCAGUGGUUGUCCCUCAAACCUGACCUGUGACUGUUAUGCAACAGAUAGAGUUUGCAGUGUUUGCCUUUCAAGGUGUCAGCAAGUUGCUCCCAGGGCAGGAACACCUGGAUUCAGAGCACCAGAAGUAUUAACGAAGUGCCCCACUCAGACCACAGCAAUUGACAUGUGGUCUGCGGGAAUCAUAUUCCUUUCUCUGCUCAGUGGACGGUAUCCAUUUUACAAAGCAAGUGAUGAUUUAACCGCUUUGGCACAAAUCAUGACAGUUCGUGGAUCCAGAGAAACCAUUCAGGCUGCUAAAACUUUUGGUAAAUCAGUUCUGUGUACCCAAGUCGUCCCAGCACAAAACUUAAGAACCCUCUGUGAGAAGUUGAGAGGAACAAAUAGCAGCUGUAAGAGAUCCCAGGGUGAAGUGCCCAGCAAGUCUGUCAAUGACUCAGCUUUGCCAGUUGCAGUAGACAAAUGUGCUCCCGAGACACUUGGAAAACAAAUUCACCACUUAGAGAACUUUCAGGAAGGUGACAGUGCUUUGGAAAUGAAGGCAACAGACAUGAAAGGAUGGGAUCAGGUUCCUGAUGAAGCAUAUGACCUACUUGAUAAGCUACUAGACUUAAACCCUGCAACAAGAAUAACUGCAAAAGAGGCUUUGCUGCAUCCUUUUUUUAAAGACGUGAGACUCUGAGAAGAUGCCAUAUUCUAUUAUUGCUUUCAUACCUUUUAUGUGGAAAUGAAGUCCUGAGGUAGUUUUACCUUGCUGCCUAUAACAUUUAUGCUCAUUGAAAUACCAUCACACUGUGCACAAAACUACUGAAACCUUGUCCUGUACAGUUGGACUGCAAAUGUAAGUUUACUUUAAGAAAUACUUGCAGAUGUAAGAGUUACAUAAACAUCACUAACAUGGUCUUAUCCUAAGACACUUCUGAGGGGUUAUUGCUGUGCAUACCUGUUCUCUGAGAAAGUUAACUUUGAUCAAAAACUACCAAAAAAAAAAAAAAAAGGUUUCACAAGCUCUAUGCUUAAUUCUUGAGAUAUUCCCUUAAAAUUUACAAAUUUGCCUUAAGGCAUGACUGAAAUAAGAAAGUGCUUGAGAGACUUUUUUCCAUACUUGCAUAUCUCUGCUUUGUUCCUGAUUAGUACAUGGGGGACUGAAAAUGGAAGAGAGUGUGUUAAUUUUGUUCAGACUAUUUUCAGAGAACAGUAUUACUUUGGGAGUGUUGCUAGAGGAGAGGCCAGGUGCUGGAGGUUAUAUCAUCAAAAGAAAAGUGUAACUGUUUUAAAAGGACAUUUUUAUUCCUGUCUGGUCUUUCCUAGUUAGGCAAUAGUAUUAAACGCAAUUACUCAUUUUGCAUCGUCCGUGUUUCCUCAGUGCCAUGGGUAACUGUCAAUAUUCAACAGCUGCUGCCUUCAGAAUGUUUCACGUGACACGCAUAGCUUUGAUUUCUGUUACAGAA